AUGGCAUCCUUCCUAAGUUACUUCAACCGCAGAGAUAGCGGUAACACAACAAAACCUGCCUUGGACAAGCAGCCCGUGAGAGCACUCCCUGCAUCAUGGUACACCUCUCCCGACAUGUACGAGCUCGAACGCCGUGCCAUCUUCUCUAGACGUUGGCUCCUCAUCACACACAAGCUUCGUCUCACCAAGCCUGGUGACUUCCUCCGCUACGAUGUUGCAGGCUUCCAGUUCAUUCUUGCCAAAGACCGUCAGGAGAACAUCAACGGCUUUCACAACAUCUGCCGUCACAGAGCAUACCCCGUCGUUGAGAAGCAAGAAGGCACAGCUCGCAUCUUCGCUUGCAGAUACCACGGUUGGUCGUACGGUUUGAACGGAAAGCUCGCAAAGGCACCAAGCUACCAGGAACUCGAGGGUUUCGACAAGGAGGCCAACGGACUCCUGCCUAUUCACGUCCAUGUCGAUAGAAACGGUUUCAUCUGGGUCAACAUGGAUGCGAAAGCAGAACCUGAGAUUGCCUGGGAAGACAACUUUGAUGGUGUCGAUAUUCAGUCACGUUACGAUUCCAUCAAAUUUGAGGACUAUGUCUUCGACCACAAGUGGGAGAUGGACGGACCAUACAACUGGAAGAUUUUGGCAGACAACUACAACGAGUGUUACCACUGCCCAACGACCCACCCCGACAUUCCUGCUUUGGCAGACCUCGAAGCCUACCAUGUCGAAACCACCGCAAACCACAUCCAGCACGAGGUAGCCAGCACACCGGAACAGGUCGCCGUUGGCAUGACCGUCAUCCCAACCUACUACUUCCCUAACGCCUCUGUCAACGCAACACCAAACUUCUUCUUCAUGCAAAGAUUCGUACCCCACGGAGCCGGCAAGGCAACCAUGAGCUACGAGGUCUACCGCAACAAGAACGCCUCGGAUGAAGAUUUUGAAAAGAUCAACCAAAUGUACAAGCGCAUCAUGUCAGAAGACAAGGUCCUCUGCGAUGCAGCACAAAAGAACGUCAACGCCGGUGUCUUCGUCAGCGGCCUUAUGCACCCUCGCAUGGAGAAGGGACCUCUCUACUUCCAGAAGCUGUGCAGAGAAGCAGUCACAGAACACCACGACAAAGAAAAGGCUGCUGGCGCCAAGAUCCACCCAGCUAGACAACAAAUGUCUGCGGCUGAACUCCAGAGUGAGAAGGACAUUGAGUUCUGCUCUGGAUUGGCGUGUGGCGAGGAGCAGCAGGAGGCAUUGGCCUGGUAA